GUAGCGAGCUCUCGUAUUGAACGCGACUCAGCUCCUGGCCGCCUAGACUUUUCACGUCUGGCUCUUUCAGCGCAAGCCACUUUCUGGCACUUAUAGGAUGGAUUAUGGACGCCACAGCUGGGAUAGCUGAAUUGAGUUCGUUUUUGCUGCAGGCUAAUUCCUGCAGAACGUUAUCCUGAUUGAAUAGUUGCAAUCUCGAGAUACUAUAUAAGGUGAGUGAACGAUGCUAUUAUGUUCCAAAGCAUUGCAAAUCAACAGCUAGGCGAGCCGCUACCUCUCUUUAGACAUGCUGUACCCUUCGUUUUCCGUCGUUCUACUCUCGGCCCUUUCUCGACCUGUAUUCGGUCAGGCUGACCCUGCCCCAUCCUCGCUCCCCGACGAUGUGUUACCAGCUGCAAACCUCACUUCAGACCCACUAGACAGAAACAUCACCACUGUCGAAAUUCCCGUUGCUGCAGUGCCUUCAUUAACGAACACGUCCUCAAGCGACGAGACAACAACAGUCUCCUACUUUGAGAUUGAUGGUCUCAGAGAGCCACUCGCAGUCGUAUAUGGUGAUGUGAUCCUUUCAACCGUCCCCGAUCUCCUAAACAGCGCCUCGAAUAGCACCGAAAGCAAGGUUAAGCGCGCUUUGUCUAUUCGGAGUACAGACAAUGUCUGGCCCGGGGGAGUUGUGAACUACAAGUGGAAGUCAGAAGAUGCCAAAGGGGCUGGACGGUUGGAAGCCUGGACCGACGCGACGAAAAGAUGGACCAAUAUGCUGCCGUGGCUGCAAUUUAAGGAGUUCCCACCGAGCGAUACCCCGGAGGCGGACAUUCUGACACUGGUGGAUACAACCGGUCAAUUUGCUUGCUUCAGUCCUAUUGGUAAGCAAUGGGGCGGGCAGAUGAUGCUGGACGACUCGUGCGGUGGAGCAGGUACCUACACCCAUGAGCUGGGCCACACGCUUGGUCUCCUACAUGAACAUCAGCGCCCAGAUCGCGACGACUACGUCACCAUCCACUGCGAGAACGUCUGGGACUCAGCAGACGGCAGCCCAGCAGAUUGUAGCCAAGCCUGCAGCGGCUACGGAUGCAACUUUGUCAAAGUAGAUCCCCAGUGGUACGAUUGGUCUGGACCAUACGACUCUCUUUCUUUGAUGCACUACAGCCCCUACGAGUUCGCGAAGUCUUCUGGCCCAGCUAUCGAAGCACGACCGGGCGUGCCUACGCCACAAGCGCACGCUUUCCCCACGAUUCUAGACGCAAACCGCAUAUGUGAGCUCUAUUCUGAGCAGUGCACCGGCGUUUGCGGAAAUGGCAAGCUCGAACCGGGAGAGGACUGCGAUGACGGCAACAACCUCGACGGCGAUGGUUGCGCGGCGAAUUGCAAAACACAGGCUCCAUGCAAUGUUGAUUACUGCGACCCAUGGAAUGCAAACAGCUGCCACAUCACGACGACGUGCACUGCGCUUGGUGGUGCAACGGAGGGUGGUCAGGGCAAGCACCUGUGCGCGUGCAGACAUGGAUACAAGGCUACAAGGUCCAACGAUACGUCGGUUCAGGUGAGGCUACCGUGGGUAGAACAGGGUGGAAGGGUAUUCGUCGACGCCGGCCUUGCGUGCGAUACGUUGUGUGACGACUGGCAGUUGGGCAAAGACGGGUGCAAGGAGGUGAAGGAAGAACCUGUUUGUUACUGAUUGCAAUAUAACGAUCUCAUGAUCUUCUCUGGGUAUUGAAAUCUGAAACAUGACACCUCAU